CCUUUGGUGUGACGUGUUGGAUAGCGAAUCAGUGUUGUGUUGUCAUAAAAAUUCCUCGUCUUUGCGUAUUUUAAGUGGCAGACAAGGCAAAAAAUCACCGAAUUUCGGCCCCAUUUUGACGGAAAUCCACGCAGCAAGUGACCCCAAAACCGCAACAAAAUGAAUAUUUUCCGAUUAGCUGGCGACUUGUCGCAUUUACUCGCCGUAAUUAUUCUCCUACUGAAAAUAUGGAAGACUCGAUCGUGUGCAGGCAUCUCCGGAAAGUCCCAAAUCUUGUUUGCCAUUACAUAUAUUGCGCGGUACCUGGAUCUCGUUACGACCUUUGUGAGUUUGUACAACACGGUGAUGAAGAUGAUUUUCAUUUCUGCAUCGUUGGCGACUUUGUACUUGAUGUACGUCAAAUUCCGGGCAACUUAUGACUCGAAUCACGACUCGUUCCGCAUCGAAUUUCUCCUGAUUCCGUGUGCGUUGCUCGCGCUUGUCAUCAAUCACGAGUUUACGGUGCUAGAAGUGAUGUGGACUUUCUCAAUUUAUUUGGAAUCGGUUGCUAUUCUUCCACAACUCUUCAUGGUUAGCAAGACGGGCGAAGCGGAAAGUAUUACAAGUCAUUAUUUGUUCGCUCUUGGCUCCUACAGAGCUCUUUACAUCCUCAACUGGAUCUACCGUUAUGCCGUUGAGGGACACCAUGACUUUAUCGCCAUUGUCGCUGGCAUCGUUCAAACCAUCUUGUAUUGUGACUUUUUCUAUUUGUACAUUACAAAAGUCUUGAAAGGCAAAAAACUGCAAUUGCCCGCUUAAACACGGAUCUGAAGCUACCAAACAACACACAAAAAAUUAAAAAAUGCGGCCUCCCGAUAGUUUUUCAGAACCCGUACUUUCAAUUUUCUCGAUCAAAGAGUAUUUUUUUCACUUAUUUCACUUCAAUUCCAAAUAAAAUAGCAUAAAAAACGAUACAAAGGUUACUAAUGUGCAUUUUUUGUGUUUACACAUACAUUAUUUAAAUUAAAAAAAAAAAAUUAAAAUUACAUAAGAGAAGAGACAACAAUAGAAGAGGAACGACAAACAAUCAUCAUCAUUGAGACCAUAUAAAUUUAUAUAACUUUCUUAUCAAUACAAUUUUUUUUUUAUUUCUGUGUUUGAAGAAAAAAAAAUCGUAGAUUCAAUAUUUUAAUUUGCGAUAAAAAAAAAAUUAAGAGAUCUCAAGGUGUUUCAGCUU